CUUAAACAACAUAUCAUACCCUCUCAUCCGUAUCCAUCAUGCCUUCCGCCAAACUCCUUCAAGGUUCAUUCUCCCACAUCAUUAACGGCAAGGCCUACGAUGCCUCCAACGCCAAAACCCUCGAUGUAAUCAACCCCGCAACCGAGGAGAAGCUCGCCUCCGUCCCAAUCGCAACCCGCGAGGUCCUCGACGAAGCCGUCAAGCACUCCCAGAAGGCGUUCGAAUCAUGGUCGAAGACGAGCUGGGAAGAGCGUGCCAAGCUUGUCGAGGCUGUAGGCAAAGACUACAAGGAGCUCGCCGCCGAUUUGACGGAGUUGCUCGUUCUCGAGCAGGGUAAAGCCACACCUUUCGCUCAGGGCGAAGUCGCUCUUGUCAAUGAGUGGUUCGAGCGUAUGCCAUCGAUGAAGAUUGAAGAGCGUGUUGCGUGGGAAGACGACAGCCUCAAGGCCAUUGAGCAGUACGUGCCACUCGGCGUGACUGCAGGAAUCGUCCCAUGGAACUUCCCAGUCCUCCUGAUGACCUGGAAAAUCAUCCCAGCCAUCCUGACCGGCAACACAAUCAUCAUCAAGCCCUCUCCGUUCACACCUCUCUGCGACGUCCGCGUCGUCGAGCUCUUCAACAAGCACAUCCCAGCUGGUGUCGUCCAAAUCGUGCUGGGCGAUGACUCUCUCGGCCCAUGGGUUACCGAACACCCCGACAUUCGCAAGAUCUCCUUCACCGGAUCCACUGCCACCGGCCGUCUCGUAGCCAAGUCCUGCUCCGCGACGCUCAAGCGCUACACGCUCGAACUCGGCGGCAACGACGCUUCCAUUGUGUUGCCAGACGUGGAUGUCGACGAGGUCGCUCCUACGAUCUUGCUCUCCGCGUUCUUCAACUCCGGCCAAGUCUGCCACGCCGCGAAGCGCAUCUACGUACACGAGGACGUCUUCGACAAGCUUUCCGCCGCUCUCGUCAAGGCGGCCAAGUCCGCCGGUGUGGGUCCUGGAUCCGACGAGGGAGUCAUGUACGGUCCUCUCAACAACCGUAUGGUGUACGAGAAGGUCUCCGAAUUCUUCGCCGACUCGCAGAAGAAUGGCCACGAUUUCCUUACCGGUGGCACCAUUCCGGAAGGAAAGGGUUUCUUUGCGCCAUUGACGCUGGUCAACAACCCACCUGAGGACUCUCGCCUUGUUCGCGAGGAGCCUUUUGGUCCAAUCGUGCCACUGUUGAAGUGGAAGGACGAUGCGGAGGUGUUGACCCGCGUCAAUGACUCCGACUGGGGUCUUGGAGCUACUAUCUUCGGCAAGGACCUCGCUCGCGUUGAGAAGCUUGCACGGCAAGUGCAAGCCGGUGUUGUUUGGACAAACACAAUGAUGCAGCAGCACCCAGAGGUUCCCUUCGGAGGCUUCAAGGGCUCCGGUGUCGGCUGUGAGAACGGCACGGCCGGUCUCAAGGGCUGGUGCCAGGUGCGCAGCAUCUACCUGUCCAAGGCAUAGAUGUCCUGGUCGUGUUGGCCGAUGUUGAAUGUAUAAAAGGAAGGCACGUUGCGUGUGAGUGAAUGUCAUGACUAAGCAAGUGGAGCC